UUCAUGCGUAUCGUCGUGUGUGAGAGGGGCGUAUUGUAGGCGUUUUUACAGUCGUUUAAAAAUGGUACGAAAAUAAGAGCAAACCUGUUGCGCUGGAGUUCAAGGAAUAAAGUUUUAGUCUAAGUUAAAAUGAAGCGCGUGGCUGCUGAAAAAAGCGCAGACUUACCUACAACAUUAUGGGACGAGAAUUUUUACGAUCUAAUGACGAAAUCAAGCUAUUCAGUUACUCCUAACAAACGUAAACGAAGAACCGGAAGACUUUCCAGCACCUCACUGUCUUGUGUGAAGAGAAGAUCAAACGAGCGCUCACAAGAGGGCAGUAUACACUGGAGUUCAAGUGAUGAUGAACACCAGAAUACUAAACAACAACAAAUCAUCAAUAAUAACAGCAUGCCAGGUAAUCCAGGAAGUCCAGUGAUGUGUACCCCGUCAUGUAAAAGGAUGGACAACAGCCCAACCAAUGACACAGAUUUCUCAAAAUUAAUAUGUGCAGGAAGUCCAGUAUUAUCACAAUAUCGUGUUUCUACUGUGAAAAAGCGAGCGCAACAACCUUCAUUGCUCCCACUUAGUCCAAUCACUCCUGGAUAUCCAUGUUAUAGCGGUUCCCCACUUGUGAAUUUAAGUCACUUAUCUGUCCAUGUUCAUCAACAAAGUAAAAGUCAUUCUGGUCUGGAUGAAACUCCUCUUGCCGUUCCACUUGAUGACAGUGAAAAUGAUGGAAUGAUUGAAGAAUUAAACGAAACGUUUAGUCUUCCUGUCGAAGAUGAAGACAGCAUAGAAAUCUUAACUUCGCAAACCACAGAAACUGAGAGUGACACAAUAUUAUCUGAAGACCAAAUUACCAUUUCCUGCAAAUCAAGCCCCAUCUGUUCUUCAUCCAUGCAAAAAAAACAAACAACAACAUCUGGUGUGAAAGGUUCAUCCUGGAUUGAAUCAGUCAUCAAUAAAAUUGAAGAAGUUGACUCAGCAAAACCAUGCUCCUCCCUCAUGACACUAACCAACUUUGACUCUGCAAAGAAGAAAAAAUUUAAACCCAAUGGAUUGGCAGAGCAACUAUCACGGAUUCAGCGUCAUGAAAAAAGUCAGUUGAAUUUGUUCAAACACCAGCUUAAAGAACCAGGUUUCAGGCACAACAGUUGUGUUAAACUACAAGCUUUAUCUGACCAUAAGGAAGGAUUCCUUCAUGUAAUGGAAUGCAAGGUGUUAAAUAAAGGUAAAGAUGUGACUGACCUUAGUGAUUUUUACACGGUGAUACUCCAGCACCAUCUAGUCACGGAAUACAAUCUUACCUUGUCCUCAGUGUUCACUAUCUGCAGCCCCUGGAAAUCAAUCCAUGUGGAAGAACUGAAGUUUCCUGUUCUACUUUGCAUUUAUCAUCUAAAGUUACCUACUGCCACCUCUACACAGUCUCCAUGUAUAAGUGCAAGUGUUAGUCAGCACAAUUCACUGAAAGAGGACUCAGUGGGAUCUCAAGUUCCAAUCCAACCUUCAAAUAAACAAGCAUGUGAGAGCUUAUUAGAAGCAUUGGAAGCAAGUGAGGAGAGAAGUGGAAUCUCACUUGCUGCAACUGUUCAACGAGUUUAUCAAAGACCAAAUAAAUCAAAAUUUCACUUAUUGUGUGAAGAUGCAUUUGGUGUGUUCUUUGAGCUAGAAGUUGGGGCAGGACUCCUGUUUGAACAAAGUUGGUCAAGUUUGGUAAAACAAGGUGAAGGACAACGAGUCUAUUUCAACAACUUGGAUCUAGUUGGACGUGUAACUCGAUUGCAAUGUCCCCAGUUAAUGAGUUUAACCGAUUCUGUGUGGGAUGAAUCGGGGUAUGGUUUGUAUCAAGUACAAGACAGUCAAAGUCAAACCAACUCUGCAGAUAUACAUGGAACUCCAAAGAUGUUGCUGCCACCUAGUUUUUGCUACAAAUUGGUUGCCAAGUUCAACCACAGUGAAACUGUAUACCCCCGAAAUAAAUCUAAUACCACAGGGUGUAGUGAUUUAAAUCGACCUGCUGCUAAUGGUUCUCUUAAAACGGAUGUACUGUACAGACCAAUACAACUGAGUUGUCUAAAUGAUAUUUUAAAUAAACAGACUGUUUACUACAAUACAAGAUUUAGUUUCAUUGUUAAAGUGUUGCACACGAGGCAUGAAGAACAAAACAAUCCAAAUGACAUCACGUCAUGUCAGUUGGUUUACAUCACAGACACUUCAAUGAAACCUUCCCAAAUCACAUGUCUGAAAAAUAUUGUGCCUGCAACGCAUGCGAUUGAAGAUGGUAGUGUGGUUAUUUUAAAAGAUGCACUUGUGUCUGAGGUAGAGUUGGUAUUGGACGCAUGUAGUCAAGUGAUUGCAUUAAAUGACAUGCAUACUAAUAAGAGUAUCUCUGAUAAUUUUUCACAUCGUUGCACCUUUGCUAAUUACAAUGUUGAAAAGGCUAUUUGUGUUGCCUCUAUAAAUAUCAUGGACUCACCAGACAUUUGUUUAAAUUGUCCAAUUCCAUCUUUUGUUUUGCUUAAUGGAGUCAUAUGUGGAUCAGCUACAGUUAGGAAAACUACCUCAUCAUGUGAUGUACCAUGUGACGCAUCGAAGCUGAAAGAUAAUCAAGAAAUGUCGGGUCCUGAUGAUACUUUGGUUAACGUAAUGGUGCAAUUUGCAUUUAAAGUUAGACUCAAGCUUAAAAACGAAACAUUAUUCAAAUACAUCUGUGAACUAUCAGUUGGACAGGUCAUCAACAGUUCCUCUUUGAAUGGGAAACGAAUUGGGCCACUUCCAUGCUUUGUUUACAGCAAAACCACUGUAUCUUUGCAAACAGUUCUGUAUGCUGAAGAAGUAUCAAAUCCAGUUCGAUGCAAGAUAUAAACCAAUCUGCAAAAGAAACAGAAAACUGCAGAUAAUAUUUGUAAUUUGAAACUGGUGAAAUGUUGCCAUGCAUCUUAUGAACAUUGAACAGUAAGUUUGAACAGUAAGUCGACUGUAGAGUGUAGAACUAUAUCAUAUUUAAAUGAGAACUGGUGGUGAAAUCAUUGUUUUAUGCAUACAAUCUGCUCGCAUGACUAAACUUUGAUUUUUAAGAUUAAGAGAAUCCAA